AUGCUUCAAGAAGAAAGUGGGGUGGCUUUGAACGCGGUGGAAAGCGUGGACAAGUUUGUGGUGUACGUACACCAGGGAAAGUGGGACGAAGUGCUCAAAGCUGCUUCCAUGGCCAGCCUUUCCGAACAGACGCAGCAGCUCCUUUACGAACAGAUCUUUUUCGAAAUGCUGGAGCUGCGGGAGACGGAGCUGGCGCGGCUGCUGCUGCGGGAAACCGCCGUGCUGCAGCAGCUGCGGCAGCAAACCCCCGAGAGGUUUAAAAGACUUGACCAGUUGGCGAAUAAACCCUUUUUCGAUGCCAAGGAGGUUUACCAAGGCUCUUCCAAGGAAAAACGCAGAGCCGCCAUUGCCCAGGGCCUUGAAGCUGAGCCUGCAGCUCCCCAGCCUGAGUGCUAG